ACUUACGUCACUUCCAAGGCAACUCCUAAGGAGGUCGCCUUGCGAGCUCAUGAGACCAUUGCCUGAAGUCGCCGAUCCGUACGCCUACGCCUUUAUAUCUCUACCCCAUUUACUCCGUGCUAGCUGCAGCGCUCGUGAAUUCCCGCCGCCCUUCCGUCAUCAAUCAGGAUCGUCGUACACAAGUUCGCAGCUUCAUGUGUGCGACGAGCAGGAUCGCCUGCGACGUCGUGAAUAAUUCCGCCGCCACAUGGGGCUAAGCGAUUAUCCGUGUAGUGCUUAAAUCCGGGUUUAGCGCACGUUUCGUUCCAGUCAAUUAUAUCAUCCGUCAGGAUUCGAUCCCGCGACCCACCAUGUCGUUUCUACCCAUUCUAGACUACGGCCUACCCACAGCAGCCACAACUUGUAACGGAGAUGGUAACCCUAGCAGCAGUGACGUGGGCAACACUUCAUCCGGUUUCUCUGUCCCCGCUGGCAGCAGUAACGCGCCCGCUUCCGCAAGUCCUGGGGGGAUACCUGCGCCACUGGAUGGGCGGAAAGCCGCGCCUGCGGAUGGGGGGAAAGAUGCGCCAGCAGAUGGCGCGGGGAAGAAGAAGAAAGCGACUCAGGCGGGGAGCAAAGCAGGAGGUAAGAAAUCCACGGGGGGCAAAGCAGGGGGAAAUGGCACGGGGAAAGGGGAGGGGAAGGCGGGAGCAGGGAAAGGCGGAGGGGCUAGCUCGUCCUCACCUGCAGCUGCGGCAGCAGCGCGGGAGAAGGAGGAGCGGAUGAGAGCGGCGAGGGCGGAGGUGGAGGCGCACGCCGCCGCUGUGGCGGCGCAGCGAUCCGCGGUGUUUAAACUGCAGGCGCUGCUCAUCCGCGACAUCUACUCUAGUGGGUUCGAUGUUGGCGGUGUUAGAAGCAGCAGCAGCAGCAGCAGCAGCAGUACUGUCACACAGGAUACAGUCACUCCACCUACAGCCACGCCAUCGCCAGUUUCACCAUCUACAGCCACAUCGCCUGCAGUCACGCUGCCUACAGUCACGUCGUUCGACGUAAGAGCCAGCCAGCUAGCAGCGGCGUGCAGAUUGCUCAGCAGAAGCGAGUACGAGACUAUAGUGGAGGAACGAGCGAUAGGGGGGUGCUGUGGUAACCCGCUUUGCAGCCAAGUGUUACAGGAGAGGUACGGGGAAGGGAAGGGGGGGUUUAAGCUGGUUAGAGCGGAGGGGAGGGUUUUUAAGAAGAAGGACAUUUUUAGGUUUUGCAGUGCUGUGUGUAUGCGCACCAGUGGUAGUGUAGCUCUGUCGCUGCCUGACCAUAGAGAGUUGCUCAAUAAAGGGGAUCUGGAGGGGGUGUUGGAUGCAGCAGGGGUGGGGAGGGGUGGGGAGGAGGGUGAGUGGGUGGGGAACGGAAUUGUGGGGGAGAGGAGAGAGGAGAAGAAAGAGGAGGGAAGUAGUACCAGCACCAGGAGUGAGAAGGUUACCGAGAUUAACGCCAGUGCGAGCAGCACCAGCAGCAGCAGCAGCAGCAGCAGCAGCAGCAGCAGCAGCAGCAGCACCAGCAGCAGCAGCAGCAGCAGGACCAGCGGCAGCAGCAGCACCAGCAGCAGCUCUAGCAACUAUUCGUCUCUACCUGUACACGUGAAGGAGAAUACUGCAGGGGCCACUGACGCAGGGGUGGAUAGAGCAAAAGUAGAAGGGUCGCACCCUUCUAAUGCCUUCGAGUCGGUUGCACACAAUGCAAUUGAAGGGUACGUCCCUCGGCACGGCUCCGAACCAGCGGCGCCGCAACAAGAAGCGGCAAAGGGAGAAGCUCGGAGUAGAGAGCAGAGCAUGCUAGGAGGAGGGGGGAGGGGAGGGGGGCACAUUACAGCCCAGAGUAUAAUGUCUCAAGUGGUUGCUGGGACGGGCGUGUGUGAUGAACUGUUUGCGCCGUGGGUGGGCAUGGAGGCGGGGUUGAGAGAUGGGAAGGACACUGGGGGCAGCAGAGGGUUGGAGAUGGAGGGGGGGGCUUCUGAGAAACAUGAAGCAGCAAAGCUCACAGGAGGAGAGACGGCAGUAGCAGCAGCAGGGACGAAUAGUUUUGAGGCGCCUCAAAACAACACAGGAGGAGAGGCGGCAGGAGCAGGAGCAGGGGCGAAUGAAACGACAGCAGCAGAAGCAGGAGGAGUUGAGGGUCGAAAGGCAGGGCUGCGGUCAGCUCUGAAGAAAGCUGGGCGCGGGGCGAAAGGCGGAGGCGGGGAGAAGGGCGGAGGCGGGGAGAAGGGUGGAAGGGCGGCAGGCAGGCAAAGGGAGGAGGGGAGGGGUGUGACGUGGGCGCCAGAUGAUAGGCUGGCCGUGGCUCAGGAGGAGGUGGGGAGGGAGAGGGGCGAGGGAGAGAGCGGAGCAGAAAGGGCAGGAGGAGAAGAGGCGCCCGGGAAGGGGAGGGAGGAGCGGAGAGCAGUGAGGGGCGGGGCUGUGAGCGAGACAAGCAGUGGGAGCGACAGGGGUGGUAUUGUGGCUGGCAGGAUUGGAGUGGGGUUGGAUGGGGUGGGGCUGGAGGGAGGGGCGGAGGCAGCAGCAGCCGGUAGAUGCGGAUGGCUGGACGCACCUCCCCCAGGCCUCAUGCUGCAGCUCCCCUUUCACUGCACUCUCCUCAUGGCCCUGCAAGAGUGGGUCACUGCGGACUCUCUUCGCCUCGUCUACCCGGCCCCGCCACAACCACAACCACCACUAUCAUCCGUAGAAGCCGGCACGGCGUCGAGCAUAGAGGCCAACGGGUGGGAGUAUCCGGCUCUCUUGGGCUCAGUGCCAGACGCUGCUAGGGCUGCUGAGAUCCGGCGAACGCUGGGAGAUAGUUUGGCGAGGGAAACAGCAGAAGCAAUCGCAGACUUGGGACUUCCUCUGGCUCUGUCGACGGUUGAGCAUGCACUGACUCGUCUGCUAGCCACGUUUGCCUUCCGCUCGCCCCUCCCUUCUCUCCGCCGCCCCCACUGGCGCCUGCUGCUGCUGCUGCUGCUGGAGGCUCUAGCAGUCAACUGUCUGCCCGCUGCUGCUGCUGCUGCAAUCAGCACGCACCGGUCUCAAAUACACAAGGUAGCAGCAUCAGCAGGUGUCGACGCUGACAACUAUAUUCUGCUGCGGCAAAUGCUGCUGCCGAGGGGCCCUCCAGUGCAUUCCGCUCCUGCGGCUGCUGCCUAGAAGGCACCCCAUCCAAGCUGUUAGCAUAUGAACCGCUAGCUAGGUAACCAUGGCAUGCCGCUCCAGCAGGUGCUGCUACCUAGGGGCCCGAGCUGUCCACGGCUUGUCUUUGAAGACAAGUGCGACGGCUUAGAAACCAUCUCAUUCAAGCUAGCGUAUGAACCUUUAGGCACCCAUGGCAUGCCGCUCUAGCAGCAGGUGCAGCUGCCGAGGGGCCCACCGCUGUCCUAGAUUUGUCACUGAAGACAAGUGGUGCUACAUGAAGGGUGGCUAUUCAUAGUAAAGAGUGAAGCGCAGAGACAUAUUGGUGGCAGUGUCCUGUUCAGGCAGAUGCCGCUGCUUCUGCUAAGGGCUCUACUGCUUAUACCA